AUGAGCCAGAGAGGCUCUUUCGCAAAUUCCAUCCGCGCAAUCAAGCGCAGGCCCACGCCCGACGAGCUCGACGGCCGUGGGCGCCGUCCCAACGAGCCGUGGCACCUCAACACGCUGCAGACGCACCUGGUGGCGGCCUCGGGCGAGUUUGUCGGCACCUUUUUCUUUCUCUUCUUCGGCUAUGCCGGCCAUCUCAUGGUGAUUGACCAGGUCGCCGUGGACGCGGGGACCGCGGCCCCGGUCGCCACCCCGGGUAUCAUCCAGACCAUGUUUGUCGGCUACGCAUAUGGCUUCUCCCUCUUGGUGACCGUAUUGGCGUUUUAUCGGAUCAGUGGCGGCUUGUUCAAUCCUGCAGUGACUCUUGGUCUUUGCGCUGCCGGGGGACUUCCCUGGAUUCGGGCAGUCUUUCUGAUUCCCACGCAGCUCAUUGCAUCCAUGUGCGCUGGCGGAGUGGUCGAGGCCUUGUUUCCCGGCAGGAUCUCAGCUGUCAAUACGAAGCUCGGGCCGCAUGUAAACACGGCCCAGGGUCUCUUUGCCGAAAUGUUCUUCACGUCCUACCUGGUCUUUGUGAUUCUCAUGCUCGCCGUCGAAAAGUCUAGGGUUACUUUUGUGGCUCCUAUUGGUAUUGGACUCGCGCUUUUUGUUGCCGAGAUACCUGGCGUCUACUAUACUGGCGGCUCUCUCAAUCCUGCCCGCAGUUUCGGCUGUGCCGUCGCUGGUCGCUCGUUUCCCGGCUAUCAUUGGAUCUACUGGCUCGGCCCGGCCAUGGGCGGCCUGCUCGCGGCUGGAUACUAUCGUUUUGUCAAGAUGGCUCACUAUGAGGAGGCGAAUCCCGGCCAGGACGCGCCGGUUGCAGAUGAGCAGGCGUGA